AAACAAAUUACAGCCUGGCUCCAAUUUCAGUCUCCUUUUCCUUCCUUCCUUCCUUCCUUCCUUCCCUCUCUCUCUCUCUCUCUCUCUCUCUCUCUCGAAAAAGGAAAAGAGAACAGAAGAAUUUUCUCUCUCUCUCCCUCACUGCAGCUAUACUAGUAGUACUUCACCACACAUUCACACGCACAUGCGAAGGUAUAUUCACCCAGCCUCACAGCCACACAAUUUGCUUUAUUUCUUCUCCUUGUUUGUAGAUUUUUGAUCAACCACCACCUUUUCUCACUUCAAUUUCUAGCUCUCUCUCCAGACUAAAGCUACAAUUGUGCAAUUCUGAUUUUUCGGUGUUGUAUCUUGAGAAUUAAGUGAGAACAGAGGUAGAAGUACAGUCCAGUUCUUUUGAGCAUGUCUAAACAAGUGAUGCAGUCAAUGAAUGAUAGCACAGGGAAGAGUAGGGAAACUAUGCAAUCUUAUCAGCCUGGUUGGAUGGCUCAUUGGAUGAGGACGCCAAGUAAUGCAACAAAAGAUCAACGACUAGAUGACGGUGCUUCUGGGGGUAAGGAUACCGACCUUUUGUCUAGGGGCGAUCAUAUGAAAAUGGAGGCUUCUAGGUCUGCCAAGUAUCCUCGAACAAUGGGGGGUGAUGCUGAAAGUUGUAGAAUGAGUUUAAAAGGAUUGGGUGCUGAGGAACCGUGCAGCGCUAAAAUAAAAAAUGGCAACCCUGAUGAUGCAAGAAGGCUAAGCAUUGAUCACAGCCUUGGCUAUGAUGAAGCUAGUAGCUGUAAGGGUGGAGUUCAGUUAUCUUCCGGAGCUCUAGCUGCAGAGGGAAAAUCCUCAAGAGAGUAUCGUUUCAUCAGUGAAGGUGUUUUGAAGAAACCUGUUGAGUGGGUGAAACCACAUGUAUCUGUCAAUGAAAGAAGUUCUUCUGCUUCAACUCCUUCUCAGGAAAGAUUUGUUGGACCUCCAACACAUACAUCGCCAUAUCAUGACGUUGAAAGAUAUAAGUUUGACAAAGGGAAAGCUGUUAUGGGACUGUCUAUAAGUAGACCUGCCAUUGUUCCCAAUACUCAAGUUCCGGAUAUAAUCAGGCAAGAACACAGCCAGAAGCACUCCCAGUCAGCAGAUGUAAUUUGGGAUAACCAGCAUAGGUUGAAACCUGGUCAAGGCUGGUUCCAAAGGAUGCAGCAAAUUACCUCAUUGCCUCCAAACCAGUGCAUUGCUCCAGAGAAGAAUGAACAGAAGGCGUCACGCUAUGACUGCUACCCAUUCCAGAAUCUUCAAAGCGGUGUUCAUGAGACAAUGAGAAUAUGCACUACUGUGGAUUCUAUAGAAGCCACACCUGAAGGUUUUCCUAUGUUUUCUCAGACAACUCGCAGUCUGUUAAUCACAAAAAAGAAUGAUGUCAAUGUAUCUGAAGAAACUGGUGCUUUUAGAAGGUUAAUUGCUCGAAUCAAUGGAAAUUCAUCCAAUGAUCCAUUCCCUGGUCAAGCGAAUAGCGGAGUAAAGCUUCAAACAAUUAGUUCAUCCAACAGUGAAGGGCAUGGAAAUGUUGGGGAUAUUGGUGUUGGAACUUCUAAGGCUGCUUCAAAGAAUGAAUCAUCAGCUGAAACAGACACCUUGGUUUUGGACAAUUUUAAGGAGGAGAGACUAAAUUCCUGUGUGAAUUCUAUGCAGUCAACCAAGAUUCCCAAUUCGGACAAUAACCUAUCACCAUGGGUCAAUGCUGCUUCCGCAAGAGAGGUUCGACGUUGUUGGGCAAGCUCUAGGCUACCGCCAGUUGCAAGUUCAUCAGAGGAUGUCCCUACUUCCUCAAGAACUCAGAGUUUGGAGAUGGACAUGCCAAUGUUCCAAGCAGAGCAGCCUGAACUGAAAUCUACUCCAAGUUCCAGAUGGGUCAAACGUCUCAAGAACUCAUCCGAUUGCUCUAGUCGAGGCACAAAGACCUUGAACAUGGCUGAAAGUUUAUCGCAUGAAAAAAAGAGAGCCUUUUUCAGAAGUAUACUUAACAAAGGCUUCGUCAGCUCAGAGCCAACUCCAAAACAGCACCACGGGAAAGAAAUGUUUUUGUCCGAAGGAAGUGGAAACUCCUCAAAGGAGGAUGAGCACUUGUCACCGAACCUACCAAUUUGUGCGCCACAGGUUCUGAAAUCAUCAGCGUAUGACCUCCAAAAGAAGCAGUUCCCCAGCAUUGCAGCUAUAGCAGUGAUGGGGAAGUCUAUGGCUGGUUUCCAGUCAUGCGAGCUGGAGAAGAGGGGCUCGUUGACUGUUUGGAAGACAAACACUAGCUAGAAGGAUGUCAACCACAUUUGGCUUAUGGAGAUCUAUCUACUUGUUGUUCUAUAUGCAGAAGAUUGAGGCCAAAUUGUCCUUUGAUCAAGCAAUGAUGACAGCAGCUACACACAUGCAUGACUGUCUUUGGUCAUUGGAAUACAUUUCUGGUGCCUCUUCCCAAGUUGGUAAGAAUGCAUCUCAACUGUGUGGCAUCAGUCUUCUAUGGCAUGUGAAUUCCAGUUAUGUAUGUAUAGGCGGGAGAAUUGAUGAGCAAUGUGGUUGUAUCAAUAUGGAGGGGUAAUUGUGAGACUCGCCCCAUUGCUGUUUAGACUUGAAACAUAUGGUUUUACUAAUAAGAGAUUUUGCUUAUUUA